AGGAACCCAUCCAUACAUAAGUGUGGGUUCAGUGUCCAUCAGGUUUGUUAUACUCUAAUUUCAGGUUUCAGUCGAAAUUGUUUGGGUUUUUAACUGUUUCAAUGGCGACCACAAAUGGCGAUCCAGGGUCGACUUCGUUGAACUCUAAUGAAGAAGAGAUGAAUAUAUUCUUGAAGGUCGUGAAAACAGUGGCCUUAAAGGUGAAUAGGUCAGAGAGAAUUAAAGAUAUUAAAGCUAAGUUUCAGGAAGAGGAAGGCAUUUCGGGAAAGAUUCAUGGUCUCUUCUUUAAUGGGAAUGAACUCAAGGACAGUCAAACACUGGUUGAUUAUGCUGUCCAGAGGGACUCAACCCUUCAUUUAUUUCUUCAAAGUUCAGUUGGAAUGAGAUUAUUUGUCAGGCUACCACCAAACCAGAGAACCAUAGUACUUGGAGCAGACAAACGGGAUUUGGUCCAAAACAUCAAGGCUAUGAUUCAGGAACAGGAGGGGAUUCCACAUAACUGCUUCAGACUAAUCUAUUCUGGAAGAGAACUUGAAGAUGGCUGGACUCUGGCUGCUAACAAUGUUCAGAAUGAAGCAACCUUGCAAUUGGUUUUUAAUCCUAGAGAUACGAUUACAAUAUCUGUGAAAACACCAUCUGCAGAGACCCUGAGGCUUGAAGUGAAGAGGUUGUACACCAUCCAUGAUCUCAAAUCAAUAGUCGAGUGCAUGAGUGGCUUCCCUAUUUACCAACAGAAGCUUAUUUAUGCUGGACAGCAGCUUGUGGGUGGCCAGACUUUGGCUCAUUAUAACAUCACUGAAGAGUCUGUAAUAGAUAUGUUACCUCCCUCAUUUCAGAUAUUUGUCAAGACAUGGAGUGGGAAGACCAUAACACUUGAAGUUGAGAGUUCUAAUACUGUCGGGGAUGUAAUGGCAAAGAUUAAUCAAAAGCUUGGAGUUUCAAACGCUCUGCAGCGCCUUGAAUUUGCUGGAAGACGGCUUGAGGACGGUGCAAGCCUGAGUAGCUACAUGAUCCAGAAGGAUUCCACUCUAAAUCUGGUUUUAUCACCUGCGGUUUGUCCUAGGAAAAUACUCAUAUAUGUCAAGGAAUCAAACAGGAACAGUAAAAGGGACUCUAUUGCAUUGCCGGUAGAUCUCUUAAAUACUGUACGUGAAGUGAAGGCUAUGAUCCAAAACAGCAUGGGACUUGUACCAACUAAGCUCUUCUAUAAUGGAUUGACAAUGAGAGAUUCACAUACCCUGGCAGACUAUGGGAUUCAGGACUCGUCAACGCUAUUAUUUCUUUCUAAGCAGUCUAGUGAGGAAUGAGGAUUCCUUCAGUCUCCUGUUGUCCUCUUUGGUUUCCAUCUUUUGGUUUCAGCAGAUGCAGGUUAUAGACCCACUCACUCCCUACUCCCAACCAAAGCUAGACUAUGUUUGUGGGCAUUUUGGUCGGCGACAUGGAUCACCAUUGGAGCUUGCUGCCUUUUGUUGAAAAAGUAUUGUUGUCAAUAGCUAAUGUGUAGUUUGUAUUUCGGAAGUGUAUGUAGGAGGAAACCUGUACUGAAUGUGGUGGCUCAUAGACCUUGACCAUAUUGCCUUCUGGCUAAGCUUCUCGUCUGUCUCGGCCGUGGCUUUAGAGAAAACACUGACCUUUGGUCUAUAUUGGCCUAUGCAAUUUACUGUCAUGAAUAUGCUUGAAAAGGAGUGAAUUUGCAAUGCAGGGUUGAUUGCACCAAAAUCGUCUGCGGUGAGCCGGUGAAGUGCAGUCAAUUUGGACUCAAGGUUGACAAUCAUCUUUUCUUUUCACCCCAACUUGUAAUUUGGUUGCAAUUCUAUGAAGAUUGAUGGUUUUGUAU